UCCCUACCCCGGCUCCUCUCCCAUCCUUCUCGCGUUCCCCUCCCGUGGCACCCGCCGCCGCGCCGCGCCGCUCGCUCCCCCUCCCCCGGUCCCUCGCCGCUUCCUCCUGUCUGUGCCAUGGAUGGCGUGGAUCUGACGAGCUUCUUUCUUCUGGUAUCACUAACGGGCCUUUUACCAUGAGCAAUUCUACUCCAGCUACAGCUAAUGGGAAUGACAACAAGAAAUUUAAAGGAGACCGAUCUCCCUGCUCCCCUUCUCGUGUCCUUCAUCUUCGUAAAAUUCCAAAUGAUGUCACUGAAGCAGAGGUCAUUUCAUUAGGUCUCCCUUUUGGCAAAGUAACCAAUCUCUUGAUGUUGAAAGGAAAAAGCCAGGCUUUCUUGGAAAUGGCUUCCGAAGAAGCUGCUGUCACUAUGGUGAACUACUACACUCCUGUUACACCUCACCUCCGCAGUCAGCCUGUUUAUAUUCAGUAUUCCAAUCACAGAGAACUGAAGACUGACAAUCUGCCUAAUCAGGCUAGAACCCAAGCUGCAUUGCAAGCAGUGAAUGCUGUGCAGUCUGGAGCCCUAGCCCUUACAGGUGCUCCUGCUACUGAGGGUGGACUCCUUCCAGGUCAAAGUUCUGUUCUCCGAAUUAUUGUUGAAAACCUUUUCUACCCUGUCACUUUGGAAGUGCUGUAUCAGAUUUUCUCCAAGUUUGGAACUGUCUUGAAGAUUAUCACCUUCACAAAGAACAAUCAGUUUCAGGCCUUGCUUCAGUAUGCUGAUCCAAUGAAUGCAAAUUAUGCCAAAAUGGCUCUGGAUGGCCAGAAUAUCUACAAUGCAUGCUGCACUCUGCGUAUCGAUUUCUCCAAGUUAACAAGCCUUAAUGUAAAAUACAACAAUGACAAAAGCAGAGACUUCACUCGCCUUGACCUUCCUUCUGGCGAUGGCCAGCCCUCCCUUGACCCCAACAUGGCUGCCGCUUUUGGCACCCCAGGAAUAAUCUCUUCACCAUAUGCCGGGGCUGCUGGAUUUGCCCCAGCCAUUGGCUUUCAUCAAGCUGCAGGUCUUUCAGUCCCAUCUCUUCCUGGAGCACUUGGUCCUCUCGCAAUCACCACAUCUGCAGUGACUGGACGGAUGGCUAUUCCUGGAGUUGCUGGUGUUCCAGGAAAUUCUGUUUUGCUUGUCAGCAACCUCAAUCCUGAUGCUAUCACACCUCAUGGGCUCUUUAUCCUAUUUGGUGUCUAUGGUGAUGUACAUCGAGUAAAGAUCAUGUUUAACAAAAAAGAAAAUGCUUUGGUUCAGAUGGCAGAUGCAACCCAGGCUCAACUAGCCAUGAGCCACUUAAAUGGACAGAGACUUUAUGGAAAGGUGCUCCGGGCAACUCUUUCAAAGCAUCAAACUGUUCAGCUUCCUCGUGAGGGACAAGAGGACCAAGGUCUGACUAAGGACUAUAGCAAUAGCCCUUUACAUCGCUUUAAGAAGCCUGGAUCUAAAAACUUCCUAAAUAUCUUCCCUCCAUCUGCUACUCUGCAUCUCUCCAACAUUCCACCUUCAGUUACUGUUGAUGACCUGAAGAACCUUUUUGCAGAUACUGGAUGUACUGUGAAAGCCUUCAAAUUCUUCCAGAAAGAUCGCAAAAUGGCUCUCAUCCAGUUGGGCACUGUGGAAGAAGCAAUCCAGGCUCUCAUUGAGCUUCAUAAUCAUGACCUUGGGGAAAACCAUCACCUCAGAGUUUCUUUCUCCAAAUCUACAAUCUGACUUUUCUGUGAAUUUUCCUAUUAAGACUGCACCACAGUUUCAGUAAAACCUUCAGACAGAGACUGAAACAGCUAAGACCAACUCUUGCCUCUAAAAAAAAAAAAA